AUGGCCGCCCAUCUCAAAUCCGGCCCGAUCCCGCCCUUUGAGGCUACCCCCCUGGACGAAAUCACCGCCAAGCUCGAGCUCCUCCGCAACACGUUUCGCACCAACAAGACCAAAGACAUCAAGUUUCGCCUUCGGCAGAUUCGCAAGCUGUACUGGGGCAUGGUCGACUACGCUCCGCUCAUCGAGGAGGCUCUCAUGAAGGACAUGGGCAAGUCCAAGUUCGAGGCCCACCUCACCGAGAUGGACUGGGUCAAGAACGAAGCCAUCAACGUCGCCAACAAGCUCACCACUUGGGCCAAGGAUGAGAGCAUCGUCGACUUGCCCAUCAUGUACUGGCCCAUGAGACCUCGCAUCAGGAACGAGCCCCUCGGCCAGAUACUCAUGAUUGGCUCCUUCAACUAUCCCUUCCAGCUGAACAUGACGCCCCUCAUUGGCGCCAUCGCGGCCGGCAACUGCGCUGUCGUCAAGCCCUCCGAGCUGUCCCCCCACUCCGCCAUGAUCAUCAAGAAGAUCAUGGACGAAUAUCUCGACACAGACUGCUACUUCUGCGUCAAUGGCGGCAUCGAAGAGACCCAGCACGUCCUCAACCACAAGUUCGACAAGGUCAUGUUCACCGGCGGCAGGAAGACGGGCGCCAUCAUCGCCACAAAGGCUGCUCAGUCUCUUACUCCCUGCCUCCUCGAGCUUGGCGGCCGGAACCCUGCCUUCAUCACCAAGAAUGCCGACGUCAAGCUGGCUGCCAGGCGCCUCUUGUGGCAAAAGUGUCUCAACGCCGGCCAGCUGUGCUUGUCGCACAACUACGUGCUCAUUGACCGCAGCGUCCUCGACGGCUUUGUCGCCGAGAUCAACAACCAGUACCGCGUAUUCAUGCCCAACGGCAGCAAGGAAAGCGACCUCUCCCGCAUUGUCAACAAGAGUCACUUCGACCGUCUGAUCAAGAUGCUCAGCAACACCAAGGGCAAGGUUGUCAUGGGAGGUUCUUCUGACGCGGAAAAGCUGUGGAUCGAACCGACCGCCGUGCUUGUGGACAGCAUCCAUGAUUCCAUGAUGGUCGAGGAGACAUUUGGCCCUAUUUGGUCCAUUCUGCCCUUUGAUGAUCUCGACCAAGCUAUUGAAAUUGCCAACACGGUGGACCCCACCCCCUUGGCUCUGUUCACCUUUGGUUCUGACGCGGAGAACAAGAAGGUCCUCGAUAAUGUCACAUCUGGUGGAGCCACCAUCAACGACGCCUUCUUCCACGCCACGAUGAAUGCCACCCCCUUUGGCGGUGUCGGUGGAUCUGGCCAGGGUAGCUAUCACGGCUACUACUCUUUCAAGGCCUUCAGCCAUCAACGGGUCAUUGCCCAGGUUCCCAAAUGGGCCGAAAUGGUCUUGCGCGUGCGCUACAUGCCCUACUCGUUCUCUGAGCUCGACCGCUACCGCAUGCUGAACGCCCCGGCGCCCAACUUUGACCGGGACGGCAAUGUCACGACCGGCCUCAGAUCCUGGCUCUAG